ACAGAGGCAGUCAGACACCAGCAGAACACUGAGUAACUUGCUAUAUGCCAUCGCCAUGCAGCUGGUUACUUACCAGAUUAAUGGAAUGAUCUCUGCACAGCACACACACACAUAGGAAUUUCUGUGUGGGUUCAGUGCCUGCUGAAAAUGUGACAAAGUGCAUUUCAGAACUCCUACUGCCAUACUGUACCCAGCUGAGACCCUUUAUUCUGGAGGGGAGACGCUAACACACUGUGGAGCCAAGUGUAGUCUUGUUUGCCGGAGAAAGCUAUAUGGAACCUGAGUUUUGAAGGCAACUUCUCUAGAGCCGGAACGUUACUUAAAGCAGCAACACAUAGAAGCACCCCUACAGCUCCGCAGGUACAGGGAUAUAUUGCGCCUGAUACGAUGGCAUGGAGGUGGCAAACUCUGCUGUUGCUAUGGAUCUUUACUGAUGGUGCCUUGAGUAGACAGUGGGCUGCUUGGAUGCCACAGUCGAUCUCGGCCUUCAGGGAUACCUGCGUGGCCAUUCCGUGCUCGUUUGACUACCCCAACGACAUACGUCCCUCUGUAAUUCAUGGUAUCUGGUACUUUAACAGCCCGUACCCCAAGAACUUCCCUCCCGUGGUUCUGAAAACAAAGACCAACACAGCCCACGACAACUACAUGGGCCGCACAAAGCUGCUCGGGGAUAUCCAGGAAUCCAACUGCACCCUACAGAUCGACAGGCUGAGCAUGGACCUGCAGGGAAAGUACUACUUCCGAGUAGAUCUGGGCGGAUACAACCAGUACACCUAUUCAGAACACGCCAACCUCUACAUGUUGGAUGAGCCAUUCGUAAGUCUACCUCAAGAGAUGGUUUCUGGUUCCGAAGCAGAGCUAACCUGCCGGGUCCCGGAUAAUUGCCCCGACAUGAAGCCCAGCGUGAACUGGAUGGAGAUCGAGGGACUGGAACACCAUUCGGUCUAUGGCAGCCUAGAGGAAAGCCGGUCGACUUGGACACAAGUGUCUACCCUGAAAUUCAUUCCCUCUUACAAGAACAAUGGGCAGAGGCUGAGCUGCAAAGUCAGCUUCCCGGGGGCAGACAUGGAAUAUAAAGGAUUUGUUACAAUGAACGUGAAGUAUGCGCCACGGAUUGUGGACAUCAACUCAUCCUUUGAAACCACAGAGGGCACCCAGGUGGUGUUUGUGUGCGUGGUGGAUAGUAACCCGGUGUCCCGAGUCGGGUGGUACAAAGAAGGCGCAUUGAUAAGGGAAGACGUCACGGGCAACCUGACACUGGAACUGGAGUAUGUGACCUUCAAUCACGACGGCAUUUACGUCUGUGCGGCAGAGAAUGAGUAUGGCAGGACCAACAAAACCAUGGGGCUUGCAGUGAUGUAUCCCCCAUGGAAACCAUCAGUGAACGCAUCCGUUACUGCAAUGGAAGGGGAAACCAUCACCAUUCUCUGCAACACACAGGGGAAUCCAGACCCCAUUAUCUCCAUUGUGAAGGACAAACAGGUGCUCACUUCCGUGAUCUUUGAGAAUGAGGCGGUGUUUGAGAUCCCCGCCAUCACCCAUGAGCAUGAUGGAGAGUAUUGGUGCACGGCCGAGAACCAAUACGGGCAAAGCAACAGUUCGUUUAACCUCACCGUUGUGUUCUCACCAUUGGUGCUGCUUGAAUCCAAGUGCACCGUAAGCAAGGACACGGUCCAGUGUAUGUGCACAGUCAAAGCCAAUCCAGAACCUUACAUUCUGUUUGAACUCCCUGAAAUGAACCUAACCGUCAGCGAGGGGGAUCCCGAGUUUGUGUACUCCCAGAGGAACGGGUACAUAGUGAGCAGCAUCCUGACUCUACAGAAGGACAGGGAUUUACCCAAACCCAUACUAUGCUCAGCAACCAAUUUAUAUGGCAAGAAAGUCCAUGAGCUCCCAUUCCAGGAUACUGAUACCCUAGUAUGGGCGAAGAUUGGACCAGUUGGAGCUGUUGUCGUAUUUGUGAUUUUAGUGGCAGUUGGAGGCUACUUUAUAAAAACGAGAGAGAAAAAGAAUAUGACAGAAAGUUCAAGUUUUAUACAAACAGAGGCAUCUCCAACGUCUUGUAGUGGCAACGGCAAGAAGAAUCUGGGAAAAAUAGAGUCAGGAGAAAUCAGCUCGCUGGAAGGCAAAUGACUGACAAGAACCAAUUUCUCAGCAUUUCGGAAAAAAUCCUACUGAGCAAGAGGCAGCAACCUUCACGCGUGGAUACGGACUAUGCAAACAUUGACUUUACAAAGAGGAAUGUAAGAGACAGCUUCACCUCGCCCGAGGAGCUUACCGAAUAUGCCGAAAUUCGGGUCAAAUGACGGGCACUCAUCUAACAGCACAAGCACAACUGCCACUCGCAGCCUGCCACCCCCCCCCCCCAAACAGACUAUGGAGAAGCCAUUUUUAUUUAUUUAUUAUAACAGUACAUACGUGCGACCUGACCAGAACCCAUAAUAGAACCAUCUAUGGAAAAUAGACUUUUGUUUUUAAGAAUGAAUACUCUUUCUAUGAAAAGACCAUAUAUAAGGCCAAUAUUAUAUUGACACUGAGCCCAGCUAUCCAUGCUGUAGCCAUUUAUAUUACCCUACAAGGCAGUAUUAGUUCUGUGCAGCACCGAACCGAGAAUUAUCCGGGUAUGAAGCGUUCCUGGCCCCCAGAGCUUGUCCGGUUACUGACUGAGUGAGAGUGAGGGGAUUUGAACCCAGGGCUUUCUUUAAAGGGUCCAUUGUUACAGUCUAGUGGUUUUUGGAACUCUGGGGUUGGCACAGUAGGCAGGUCCAAAGCAGCGGGUAAGGGCCCAGCCUGAAGGCCAGUUAGGGGGGGAUUUGGGGUGAGUGCUUAUUUGUGCCCUGGGUACCCCUGGAACUAUAGCGGGGUGACUGUUACCCCAAUGUUUCUAUAUAUCUGUAACCUUGUUAUGGGCUAAGGGGGCCCAGCCUGAAGGCCAGUUAGGGGGAGAUUUGGGGUGAGUGCUUAUUUGUGCCCUGGGUACCCCUGGAACUAUAGCGGGGUGACUGUUACCCCAAUGUUUCUAUAUAU